GGCAGGUUUCCUCUGCUCCAAAGUUCAUUUACGAGCGGAUUUUCUGCCUUCGGACCUGCCUUACAAGUCUAGGCCUUCUCAGCGCUGCCCGCCCAACUCUACCCAUCUCAAGCGGUCCAGGCAGCAAGGCAGGGAGCCCUGAUGGCGCAGGAGGGAUGGAAGCCCGCCCCGCUGCCCACGCCGUGCAUCCUGGGCAUCGAUCUGGGCACCACCUCAGUGAAAGCCGUGCUGGUGGAGGAAACCAGCAAGGGACCGGCCGUGGUCGCCAGCUGCACCAAGGUGAUGCAGGCCAACGUGCAGGCGAACGACGCUCAUCUGCGGGAGAAUGAGCAAGACGUCCACAAAAUCAUUGCUGCCCUGAACAAUUGUCUUGUGACCUUUUCUCCAGCUUCCGUUCAACGAGUUCGCUCCAUUGGUGUUUCUGGGCAAAUGCAUGGGGUUAUGUUUUGGGAAAUUGGGAAAGGUUGCAAAUGGACCAAGAGUGGAGGCAGGUGGACCUUUCAACCUGACAAAGUCAGUUGCCUGAUCACCUGGCAAGAUGGCCGCUGCAGCCAGGAAUUCCUGUCUUCCCUCCCUCUGCCUCAGUCGCAUCUCAGCGUGGCCUCCGGGUAUGGCUGUGCCACCAUCUUCUGGUUCUUAAAGAACAGGCCAGAUUUCCUGAAGCCCUACAGCGCUGCUGGAACCAUCCAGGACUACGUGGUGGCCAUGCUGUGUGGCCAAGAGAAGCCACAGAUGUCCGUGCAGAAUGCCACUAGCUGGGGAUACUUCAGUACCAUAAGUAAAUCCUGGAACACAGACAUCUUGAGCGCGGCUGGAUUCCCUGUCGAUUUGCUUCCUGAAGUGGUCGAAUCCGGAGCCCUUGCUGGGGAAACCUGCCUCUCAUGGCACCGGAUACCCAAGGGCAGAAAAGUAGGGAUAGCCCUGGGGGACUUCCAGUGUUCAGUAUAUUCUUGCAUGACUGAACACAGCGAUGCAGUUCUCAACAUCAGUACUUCUGCUCAGUUGACCAUCACCAUGCCUCCUGAGUUUCAGCCUGUGGAGUCUCCACGUCCAAAUUCACCUCUGGCAUAUUUCCCGUAUUUUGACAACCAGUAUCUGGCAGUGGCUGCCUCACUUAAUGGCGGAAAUGUGAUGGCAACGUUCGUGAACAUGCUCGUUGAAUGGAUGGCUGAACUGGGGCUCCAAGUCUCAGAAUCGGAUCUCUACCGGCCAAUGAUCCAGGCCGCGCUGGCCAAGACCGAUACCCGCCUUCACAUUUCCCCCACCAUCUUCGGAGAAAGGCACGCGCCUACAGACUUGGCUUCGGUGACGGGAAUCGCAGCCUCCGAACUUUCCUUGGGCCACGUGGUCCGAGCCUUGUGCCGUGGGGUGAUCCAAAACCUGCACUCCAUGCUCUCCUCAGAGAGCUUGAAGGAGGCGGGUGCGGAGCGGAUCGUGGCCAGUGGGAGUGGGCUCUGCCGGAACGAAGUGAUGAGGCAGGAACUGGAAAAGGCUUUUGCGCUUCCGGUGGUCUACGGAAAAGUCGCCGAUGCAGCCCUGGGGGUGGCUUCCCUGUUGCUGAAGAGGAAGUGAAGGCCUGCGAUCCUCGUGGCCGUGGAGCGUGUGUUCCUCUGUCCAGACCUGCUGGGGGGAGACCCCAGUGGAAAUGCUCUGGGGAGGGUGGGAAGGGACAGGAGAAGCCCCCUAACCUUUUAGAAGAAGAUGACAUCCGAGUUGACAAAGGGAACGGGCUGCCUCCUGCUGCAAGGGCAAAACAUGGAUUCUGCCAGUGGGGACGUGGGCAUUUGGGAAGUCACUCCUUUAGGUCUCACCUGGGAGGAAUUAAAGAAAAAAAAAUGCUCUGGAGAAAUUAGCAGCCCCCAUCACUUUUUGCAGCGUUGCGAGGGACUCCAAUUACCUGCUGAAUGUCUGGAUAAAGAAAGCAGCUUGCUCAUAUCUCCCACCCAAAUGAUUUCCCCAUACAGGUAGUUCUUGCUUAAUGAUCACAUUAGGGAUCAAAAAUUUUGUUAUUAAGCAGGGCGGUUGUUAAGUGAGAUGCGACCACACCCAAUUUUAUGACUUUUUUUGCAGCGGUUAAGCAAAUCGUGGUUGUCAAGCAAAUCACAUGGUUCCCCAUUGAUUUUGCUUGCCAGAAGCUGGCUGGGAAGGUCACAAAUGGCAAUCACA